GAGACGGGACCUGAUGAGGUAGAAGCCGUCAUUUGCGUGUGCUAGCCGCACUGGACGAAGCAUGGCCGCGAGGAGCGUCGGCAUCCCGCUGCUGCUGCUGGUGCUGCUCUCCCUGUGGGCCCGGUCCACAUCCGCCGAGAGCUCAGAGGGCCAGCAGCUGUGCCUUUGCGACAGUCCCAAGUGCCUGCAGGAGCAGUGCCGCGGCACGCGCUGCUUCUCGUCGGUGCGGGUGGGCUCCGGCGGCGUGGUGUUCGAGCGCGGCUGCCUGGAGGGUCCCAAGAAGACGCGGCUGCACUGCGCCACGGCGCCGUCCUCCCACCAGGCCAUCCGCUGCUGCUCGGGCCACCUGUGCAACGGCAACACCACCAGGAGCGCCGUCAUGGCCCUGCUGCCUUCAGCCCCGCAGGGCGAGCCGGUGGGCUACGGCGUGGGCACGCUGGCUCUCCUGGCGCUGGGCCCGGUGGCGGCGCUGGCGUUGCUGUCGGCGGCGGCGGCGCUGGCCUACAGGAGGCUCCACCGCGGACGCCUGCGCCGGCUGCAGGAGUUCGACACCGAGCAGGGCGCCGUGGACGGGCUCAUCACCCCCAACGCGGGGGACAGCACUUUAGCCGACCUGCUGGACCAUUCUUGCACAUCAGGAAGUGGGUCGGGCCUUCCUUUCCUGGUUCAGAGGACUGUUGCCAGGCAGAUUAGUCUGAUGGAGUGCGUCGGCAAAGGACGCUACGGCGAGGUGUGGCGAGGCCAGUGGCAGGGCGAGAACGUGGCCGUCAAGAUCUUCUCCUCCAGGGACGAAAAGUCCUGGUUCCGAGAGACCGAGAUCUACAACACGGUUCUCCUGAGGCAUGAAAAUAUCCUGGGUAGGCGCGACAGCAAAUCAAACACGAGAACGGGGACGUUCGAGAACCGGGGCCGCACCGCGAACCGUUACGUGGAAAGUCGUCACCCGCUCGACCAAAGGACGCCGACGCUUUCCCCGCGGGCAGGCUUCACGGCGUCCGACAUGACGUCGCGCAACUCCAGCACGCAGCUGUGGCUGAUCACGCACUACCACGAGAACGGCUCGCUCUACGACUACCUCCAGCGCGUGGCGGUGGAGACGUGCGAGGGGCUGGCCAUGGCGGCGUCGGCGGCCAGCGGCCUGGUCCACCUCCACACCGAGAUCCUGGGCACCGAGGGCAAGCCGGCCAUCGCCCACCGCGACCUGAAGAGCAAGAACAUCCUGGUGACCAAAGAGCUGCGCUGCUGCAUCGCCGACCUGGGUCUGGCGGUGACGCACUCCCAGGCCGAUAACCUGCUGGACGUGGGCAACAACCCCAAAGUGGGCACCAAGCGCUACAUGGCCCCCGAGGUGCUGGACGAGAGCAUCCAGGCGGGCUGCUUCGACGCCUUCAAGCGGGUGGACAUCUGGGCCUUCGGGCUGGUCCUGUGGGAGAUCGCCAGACGAACGUUCAGCAACGGUAUCGUAGAAGAGUACAAGCCUCCGUUCUACGACCAGGUGCCGAACGACCCGAGCUUCGAGGACAUGAGGAAGGUGGUCUGCGCCGAGCAGCAGCGGCCCUUCGUUCCCAAUCGCUGGUUCUCCGAUCCGACCCUGUCCGCUUUGGUGAAGCUGAUGAAAGAGUGCUGGUACCAGAACCCGUCGGCCCGGCUGACGGCGCUGCGCAUCAAGAAGACGCUGGAUAAGAUUCACAGCUCGCUGGACAAGGUGAAGGACUCUUGAAAAGUGGGGGGGGGGGCUUGGUGACGUCGUCUGUCUUCCUUUUCAAUCCCGUUGGUGGCCUUCUGGAGACUUUUUGGUUCUGACCCGCACGGAGGACCGUGGACAAUCGUGGCGAGAGGUGAUCGACGAGCAAAUAGCAGCGGAUGCGAAACGCUUAAAUGCUAC